UAGUGACCGUUCCAGCGGGGAUAAUUAGGCCUACGCGGUAGUCGAAGUCGUCCCAGCGCAGCGAGACGGAGAAGGACGAGCCUAUGGAGAGGGGGAAGCAAUUGUGCGCUUGGGGAGCGGCCGUCCUGAUCUUCGUCGUGUUGAUGGUCGUCACCCCGGCGAUCCCGCAAUCGGAGGAGUACCACAAUUUCGCCGACCAACGCGAGUUGUUCCUUGGUAUACCUAAUACACUAAAUGUGAUUUCAAAUAUUCCUUUUCUCUUCGUUGGCGUUGUCGGGCUUACACUCUGCUUCUAUAGAAACUAUUUUAGGUUAAGAUUGCAAGGUGAAAUUUGGGGUUGGUCAAUUUUCUUUCUUGGUGUGACUGCUGUUGCAUUUGGUUCUUCCUAUUACCACCUCAAGCCAAACGAUGCUCGGCUUGUUUGGGAUCGGCUACCUAUGACUGUAGCAUUUACAUCUAUUAUGGCAAUCUUCAUCAUUGAGAGGGUUGAUGAAAAGACUGGAACAACAUCAAUUGCACCCCUUGUUAUUGCGGGUAUACUUACCAUCUUGUAUUGGAGAUUUUUCGAUGAUUUACGCCCUUAUGCACUCAUCCAGUUCCUUCCUUGCAUCAUUAUACCUUUAAUGGCUAUACUAAUUCCACCAAUGUAUACACAUUCUUCGUACUGGCUAUGGGCAGCAGGAUUUUAUCUCUUGGCUAAAGUAGAAGAAGCUGAAGAUAAACAGAUUUACAAAUGGACAAAUCACAUUGUCAGUGGGCAUACUCUUAAGCAUCUUUUUGCGGCAAUGGUUCCAGUUUUCUUGACACUCAUGCUUGCAAAAAGAGACAUUGAGCCUGAGAGGAGGAGUUUGCUUCAGAAAUGGAAGAUCUAUUGGAUCAGGAUAAAAGAAAAUGGGUUAAAGGCUGAAAGAUUGGAAUGCGAGUACUCCGAAGUUUCAACGACGGUCUAAUGGUAAAAAUAUGUCUAGUCAUUGACAGUCUUAGACAAAGUGUUUUCCAUUUUGUUAUGUGAAAUCCCCCAUUGAGCGUAUUCAUAUGUAUCCUCAAAUAGUUGGGACAACAUUGUGUUGUAUUUGUUGUAAUGUACUCAAUAUGUAUACAGUAAAGUACAGAAAGCUGGUUUAUACAUGUUAUACCCCUGGAACAUGUAUUAUUAUGUCACCCAAAUAACUUGCCACAAGCUUCUGUGUCACCUGUCAUUGACAUAGUUGAUCUUGUACAGUUGUUUACCCUAUUGUACAACAGUUCCUAAUGUCAGAAUAUUGUAACGUUGAUUAAUGUUGAAGUUCAAACUAUUCAGACAUUUUUACCA